GAGGAGAACGAACUCCCCCACUAUUAUUAUUUUCCAAGUCUCUUUCUUGCCUCCUCGACUCCUUCUCGUCGCGCUCCUCCUCGCCCUCUCCCUCGCUCUGCUCCUCUCUCGUGGAUCGGUUUGUUUGUUGAAGGCGAAGAUAAGUCGUGACCGACCUCUGUCUAGCGAUCGAUCAAUUAAAUUGGUGAAAUUGGAUUUAGCUUUUCAAGAUCUGGUUGGCAUAUGAGUUCUAUCCCUGGAUAAUUCAUCCAUAUAAAUUUCACAUCUUUAUUGAAAUCUAGUGUCCCUGGACAAUGUCUGUGAUAAAUUUCACAUCUUUAUUUAAAUCUGAGUUGUGUUGGUAAAUCAACAACUUAAUUAUUAUUUGGGCCUUUCUCUGCAAAGUUGAGGCAAUGCACAGGCGCUUGACCUUUUCUAGUCAAUGUGAUGACAGAUGGAUUCUUGCGAAACGAACUGUGUUGAAGAAGAGCACAUUGCUGACAUGUUUUCUGAUCAGUUACCUUCAUCAGAUUCCCUUGUCAGAAAUGGUAUUUAUGAUGAACCAUUGAUAUCCCCUCGCAUAGGAGAUGGGUACCAAGUAGGCAUUCCAAAUCUAGCAAUAGAGUCACAAUCAUGCCUUACUAGUAUCAAUAGCAUUGGUGCUAUUGAUUAUCAUGCCAGAGUAGACUUAGCCAUCCCCAUUAUGUGGGUUCUCCACAUGGAUGAUGCUAUCAAAGAUGAACAAGAAGGAGUUUCUUGUUCCAGCAUUAGUGCCAUUGAAGGUGGGUCAGUGAAGCACUCAAGCACUGGAAAAGUUGAAGAUGAGUGUGUUGAUUAUACAAUAACUGUAGUACCAACAGAGAAUUCAAGUUGUCACAGCGUAAAUCUCCUUGCAUGUAAAGAAGAACAUACUGAUUUUGGAAUUCAUAUGGAAGAACCUGAUGGAUCUAGAAUCAAGGGAAGCACUAUGUCAGAUAAUAAGGCACACAAUGAUGUUCCUUUGUUGCAACCUAGUGUCAAUAUCUCUUACAGUCCCUUGCCUGGUACAAUAUCUUCCUCUUGGAGUUACAAUGAAACACAAAGUUUUCUCCUCAGCCUGUAUAUCUUUGGAAAGAAUCUUGUCCAAGUGAAGAAGUUCAUUGAUUGCAAAGAGAUGGGAGACAUACUAUCCUACUAUUAUGGAAAGUUCUACAGAUCUGAUGCAUAUCGCAGAUGGUCAGCGUGUAGAAAGCUAAAAAGUAGAAGGUGCAUUCUUGGCCACCGGAUUUUUACUGGAUGGAGGCAACAAGAGUUCCUGUCACGUGUUCUACCUAAAGUGCCAAAGGAUGCUCAUGAUGCUUUGUUGGAGGCCAUAAGUAUAUUCAACGAGGGCAGAAUUUCCUUGAAGGAAUUUGUCUGCACUUUGAAGACAACAGUUGGUAUGCAAGUUUUGGUUGAAACCAUCGGAAUUGGUACGGGAAAGCAUGAUCUCACUGGCAUCAUUUUGGAUUCAGUUAGAUCAAAUCAGAUAUUAUCUGUUCGCCCUGAGAUACCUGUUGGCAAAGCAUGUUCUUCUCUUUCUUCUGGAGACAUCAUCAAGUUUCUGACAGGUGAUUUCAGGUUAAGCAAGGCAAAGUCAAAUGAUAUUUUCUGGGAAGCAGUUUGGCCUCGUCUGCUAGCCAGGGGUUGGCACUCAGAACAGCCCAAAGAUAUUCUUACAGCAAAGCAUUCCUUGGUGUUUCUUAUCCCUGGCAUCAAGAAAUUCUCAAGAAAAAGGCUUGUGAAAGGAAAUCACUACUUUGAUUCUGUUGCUGAUGUCCUAAAUAAGGUGGCUUCAGACCCCAGACUACUUGAAUUGGAGACUGAAGGAGGCACAGGUACAAGCAUAACUCAGGAUGAAAUUGACUGUUCCAUUAAUACCAAAUCUGACUGUAAUGGCCAUCUUGAUCACAAAAACCAUUCCUAUCUCUGUCCUAAGGUACCAACAUCUAAUUCUGAAUAUAUGAAGUUCACUAUUGUGGACACAAGUUUAACCCUCGGCGAAGAACCUUUCAAGCUGAGGGAACUGAGGACUCUGCCUGUUGACGCUGCCAAUAACUAUGACCCUUUAGCCAAUAUAGGAGAAAUAGCAAGCGAUAGUUCAGAGGAUUCAGAUGAUAGCUCAUUGGAUGGUCAAGGAAAUUCUGAUCCAAACUCAUCUGACAACAAGAUGGCUAAGCUAAAGUGCAAGGGAAUCAGCAGACAGGCUCUUCACUCUGAUCCUUCUGAGAGUGAGAUUACCUUUACGAGCACAACAGUGCCACAUAAUGAACAUGUCUCAAGUGAUAAAUGUGUCGAACAAAUUAAUGAAAAGUUGCCAGUAAAAAAUUCAAAAAGUGAAUCCAGCCGCAGGGCUAAGUCUGGUCAACAUUCUUAUUUAGCACCUAUGGCUAAACGCAGGAGAUUAAUUGCUUGCAAGUAUGAAAGAGCUGGUCGCCGAUCGUACUCUAUUUCAAAAAACCAUGCCAUAGAGGAAGGAGUUCAGCUAAAGAUGAGUUCACAAGAUCUAGAUGAUGAUAUGGUGGCAGUGCCCAAUUCUUGUUGCGGAGAAGUCUAUCCCAAUUUUUCAAAUAACAUCAGUCCAGAUGAGAUGGACAAUUGCUCUUCUAGGGAAGAAUGUCGUGGUAGUGCUGCUUCAUUUGAUGGAAUGCUACAGUCAAGAAGUUUGAUCGAUUUAAAUGCACUACCAAAUGUUUCACAAGAAUACGAGACAGGCGUGCCUAGUAAGUCAGAAAUAGGUGGCACUGAGCAGGAGUUAACUAUGGAGGGAGUUAGAGAGUCAUCAGAGACAAGACAGCAGCAGGAUAGUUUUGGUUCCAUGGAAAACUUUGCUGGAGCUGCUGUUGAUCAACAAAUUUCCACUACUUCUCGAAGGCAAAGCACCAGGAGCCGACCUCCAACCACCAAGGCUUUAGAAGCUCUUGCAUGUGGGUUUAUUGGGACAAAGCCGAGAGGCAGGGAUACAAGGACUCUAGUCUCUGGUAAUUUGACAAACAGAUCUCGUCAUCUAAAGAGCGUUGAAAUGAUGUUAUCAGCUCCGGCUAAUUUUAACGCUGAUAGUACAAGCACAUUAAGUGAGCCCUGUUCCCAGCCUGAUGACAUUGUAACUGAGGAGCUGUUUGGGGUUCCAUAGCUGAGUGUCUUCAGUCUCACCGAAUUGGGCGUAGAUUCAAAGACUUUAAAGGGCAAUGAAGCAGCGUGAUUCUUCACCUGCUCCUGUAACAGGAGCAUCCAAUUUUGUAACGAACAGGUAUUUGUCAAAAAGAGCCCUUUUCUACAUGUACUUCUGAAACUUGUAUUUGUAAUGUCGCAGUAUCCAGAUGUUGGUAUUACACAUGCGUCAUGAGUUCUCUAAAACACUGUCGACUUGCAUUGUCCCUGUAGUAACUGGGAAUAUAUAGUGGAGAAGCAGUAUCCAAGACUGUCAAGUAACUUCAAUGACUCCAAGUGUAUGAUUUAAUUUCAUGAUCUCUAGUGGAACUUCGGAA